UCAGCCUCAAAUCAAGUUAUUGCCGUUUGGAACGUGCUGCUGAAAACCAGAUCUAAAAAGGCUUUUCCGAUUAAUUUGCAGCUUAUUCUCUCUCUUGUUUCAGAGGGAAGAGAAGCUGACUUAGUAAUUGAAAUGGAUGCAAUACUAAGUUACAGGUCAGAAGACACUGAAGAUUACUACAUGCUGCUGGGGUGUGAUGAGCUGUCCUCGGUUGAACAAAUCAUGGCAGAAUUUAAAGUCAGAGCCUUGGAAUGUCACCCUGACAAGCAUCCUGAGAACUCCAAAGCUGUGGAGACGUUCCAGAAGCUGCAGAAGGCAAAGGAGAUUCUGACUAAUACAGAGAGUCGUGCUCGCUAUGACCACUGGCGCAGGAGCCAGAUGUCGAUGACAUUCCAGCAGUGGGAAGCUUUGAGUGACUCGGUGAAAACGUCAAUGCACUGGGCUGUCAGAGGUAAAAAAGACCUGAUGCUGGAAGAAUCUGACCAGCCUCAUACCGACGAGAUUGAAAAUGAGGAAUGGAACAAGCAAAGAGAAAUAAAGAAAGAGGAGCUGGGUUCAACCACAGAGAAAAUGGAGCAGAAAGAAUCCAAGUCCUUGGAGAAGUCAUUCUCCCCACAAAAUCCUGAUUCUCCAAGUUUUUCAGAUGUGAACUCUUGGCACCUACGUUUCCGCUGGUCUGGGGAUGCUCCCUCAGAACUCCUGAGGAAAUUCAGAAACUAUGAAAUAUGAAAAGUCCCUGCUCGAUAGGAGAGACAGAAAGCAAGACCAUCUCCUGUGCUGCCAACAAGUCCUUGUUUAAAUCUUAAAAAUGUUAUGUUUCUCUGUCAUGUUUGUGAAUUUCUCAGUAGGGAUUGAUUCCUCUAUCCUUAAACCCAUUCUAUCAUAAUGUGUUUUUUAAAUGAGAAAAAUUUCAGACUAGUUUCUUUUAAUAUUUGAAUACAUUAAAGCUCUUAGAUCCAAAGUUAGCUUGUAUGGUAUGUAUUUUCCUGUUAAUGUUAUUUAUAGAACUCCAUUUUAAAAAGCUAUCUCUGCAUUUAAAUAAUUCAUUGAUAUACCAUGAUCUCUCUUAGUGCUGGUUGUACAAGAAAUGUUUUCUGACUCUUGACUUAAAAUGAAGUGUGAAAUUAUGUGUCUAAAUCCCAUAGAGCAAAAUAAAUAACUUCCC